CAUAAAUUCGCACGUGUUCCCGCAGGUGUCUAAUCGGUUAAACAAUGGCACCCCGAAGUUGGGAACGCAGCGCCUGGCGGAUCCCACCGCGCGCGCUGGCAACGGUUCUGGCCUGGUGUCAAUUCGCCCGUCUCUCAGCCUUUAACUUGGACACGUCCGGACCCUUAAGGAGAGAUGGCGACCCAAAUAGCCUGUUUGGUUUCUCUCUGGCCAUGCACCACCAACGGAACCCGGUGGACAGCAAAGUACUGCUAGUGGGCGCUCCUCAUGCCAAAGCCCUGGGAAACCAGAGGGCCAACAUCACUGGAGGGCUGUACAGCUGCACAUUCACACCUGGCACCUCUGGCUGCCAACGCAUCCAGUUCGAUGACACAGACACGCCCCAGGACCAUAAAGAGGACCAGUGGAUGGGCUCCAGGGUUCGAAGCCAAGGCCCUGGGGGAAAGGUUGUGGUGUGUGCUCACCGCUACCAGUUCUGGGUCAAGGGGGACUCGGACAGACGUUUGAUCGCAGGCCGCUGCAUGAUCCUGGAGGAGGACCUGACAUUGCCCAAAGAGGAGGAGGACCCAGACACAGAGGACUCAGGGAUCGAGUCAAACUGGGACCGCCACGUCUGCACACAGGGUGGCCGCAUAGACCAAGGCAUCACCAAGGAGCGCUUCGCUUUCUGCCAGCAGGGCAUGUCCCCGGCCUUCACCGCCGACAAGCGACAUAUCCUUUUUGGAGCGCCUGGGGUCUACGAUGGGAAAGGCAUUGUGCGUCUGGAGCCGGUUGAGGACCGGCUGGCUUACGAGGCUGAGUUUCUGGAGACAGGCGAUGAUAACAAACUUGAGGAACAACUCGUGCCUGUCAACCGCAGCAGUUACUUAGGAUUCUCCUUGGGUUCAAGCACUGCUCUGACAAAGAAGGGGGAGUUAAUCAUUGUGGCAGGGGCCCCCAGGGCGUGGCACAGUGGACAGGUGCUGCUUCUCCGGCGCGAGGGGUCAUCUAGCCUGAACAUGGUACACCGCCUCACUGGCCCGGAUCUGGCCUCUUCAUUUGGCUACGACCUCGCCGUAGUGGACCUUAAUGCAGAUGGGUGGGAGGACCUGGUGGUGGGAGCCCCCCAGUACUUUGAAAAGGAUGGAGAGGUGGGCGGGGCUGUGUAUGUCUACAUCAAUCGCGCCGGCGGCAGAGACUGGAACAACCCUGAGAGGAUCCGUCUCCGUGGCAACAAGGACUCCAUGUUUGGGCUGGCGGUUGAAAGCAUUGGCGAUGUCAAUCAAGACGGAUUCCAGGAUAUAGCAGUUGGCGCUCCAUACGAGGGAUCUGGAUGUGUCUACAUCUACCACGGCUCAGCUGAGGGUAUUGAAAGGAAAUAUGCCCAGAUCUUGAGAGCUGAAGGUGGUGCCAAGUUGUUUGGAUAUGCAUUGGCAGGGAAUAUGGACAUCGACGGGAAUCAGUAUCCAGAUGUAGCUGUUGGCUCCCUCUCAGAUUCUGUAUUUAUUUACAGGGCACGACCUGUCAUUGAUAUUAAGAGGACCAUGAAGAUAAGCCCUGACAAAAUCGACAUCAAGAAGCAAAAAUGCGAUCUGCAGCCGUGCAAAUUCACAAUCCAGUCCUGUUUUUCUUACUCCUCACAUUCGACCACCUAUCAGUCAAAUAUAAAUAUCCGCUACACCCUGGAUACAGACGGGAAGAGGCGGGAGUGGAAGCUGCCGUCUCGAGUGCAGUUUGAGGUACCGUCCCACGCUGAGGGCCAAGUCAAGCUACUAGGUCCCAAUAAGGAGGAAUGCGUCAGCACACAGAUCAGACUACAGACAGACGUCCAAGACAAGAUGAGUGCCAUUCCCAUCAGUUUGCUCGUCUCGCUCCAGAAUGAGAGAUCAACGUCCAGCCACGGCUCCACACACGCCAGCUCCCUGCCCGAGCUGACACCUGUCACCUCUCCACAGGACAAGCUCACACAGGCAGAGCUGAGGUUUGUGAACACCGGAUGUGGCAGCGACGGCAUUUGCCACAGCAACCUGGCACUGCAGUAUCAGUUUGUAUCCAUGCCCAAGCCUGGUGACGCGGACCAUGUGACCCCUCUACAGAGUGAGAAUGGGACAGCGGUGAUUUCAGCCACUGACAGCCAGGUGCGGUUGCACAUCACGGUGACCAAUAAGGCGGGGGAGGAUGCUCACCACAGCCAGCUGCAGGUCACCCUGCCUGAGUCACUCCCCUACUUCAGUCACAGCUCCAAGGACAAGUCGGUGUACUGCAGAGCAAAUAAGAAUGGUACACAGGUGGACUGUGAACUAGGCAAUCCUUUACCCAGGGAUGCAGAGGUUCACCUCUACCUUACAAUGUCCACGAAGCAGAUCACCAUAGAAACAUCUGAGGUCAACGCCACUCUGCAACUGAAAACGAUCAGUGCCCAGAAUAUAUCUGCAGUGGAGGCCAGAGCUCGCUUCAUCUUUGACCUCGACCUGCAGGUGUUUGGUGCUGUGAGGCCGCGGCAGCUUUCCGUGGGAGGAGACGUGAAAGCAGAGGACACAGUGACAUCAGAGGAAGACAUUGGUAGUUUAGUCCAGUUCGAGUUCAGGAUCAACAAUAUGGGAGGACCAUUAAAGUCAAUGGCCACUGCCUCCCUGAACCUCCAGUGGCCACGGAUGAACAAUGACAACAAAUGGCUCCUUUACCUGGUGGCCAUUACUGAUGGCAGACGGGAAGUGGCCUGCUCACCCCAACAGGAAGUCAAUCCUCUCAAACAUGUCAAGACCCAACAUGUGCCGAGGGGGAAGCGGCAGGCCGUGGAGUCCAACCUGGAGGCUUUGAGCACAGAUGGGAUAUUGUCCAUAUUUGGAGGCAAAAGGAAAUACAAAACCCUGUCUUGUGGUGAUGAAGUAAACUGUGUGACUAUAAAGUGUCCCCUACUGGGCUGGGAUAGCAAUACCAUGGUGAUAUGGGUCAGAUCACGUGUGUGGAACACCACAUUUCUUGAGGACUAUGAGUCUUUUAACCACUUGAACAUUGUGGUGAACGCCUCGCUCAGUCUCGACUCUGCUCUAGAGAAUAUUGCACUCAGAAGCACAAACACUCAGGUGACAGUGACAGUGUUUCCCGAGAGGAAGAACCUGCUCCAGCGUAGAGUACCCUGGUGGGUGAUCCUCCUCUCAGUCCUCCUGGCUCUGCUGCUGCUGGCCCUACUAGGCUUCAUACUCUGGAAGGUUGGCUGCUUCACACACCCUAUGUGUGCAAAAAAGAAGGAAAAAUACUACAUAGUCUCAGGAGAAGAUACCGCUUCCCCAAAGGGAGAUAUAUGAGCACUGCACUACCGCACCGGAGGAUGUACUGUACAUGCAAAUGUGUUAUUCUGCUAGCUUUCUGAACAUGUUG